AUGGUGGCCAAUAACGGCGCGCCUGUUGUCGCGCUGCUGUUGCUGCUAGUCUCCGCGGCUGCUCGAGCUGCAGGCGACGGUCUGCUGCAGAACGGCAACUUCGAGUACUCGCCGAACAAGUCCCAGAUGAACGGCACGAGGGUGAUGGGGGAGUACGCGAUCCCGUACUGGAAGGUCACCGGGUUCGUGGAGUACAUCGCGUCCGGGCAGAAGCAGGGAGACAUGCUCCUGACGGUGCCGGAGGGCGCGCACGCCGUGCGGCUGGGGAACGAGGCCUCCAUCCAGCAGCAGAUCAGCGUGACCCGCGGCAUGUACUACUCCAUCACCUUCAGCGCGGCGCGCACCUGCGCGCAGUCCGAGAAGCUGAACGUGUCGGUGGCUCCCGGCCCCGAGUCCGGCGAGCUCCCCAUCCAGACGGUGUACACCAGCAGCGGCUGGGACUCGUACGCCUGGGCGUUCAAGGCCAAGCGCGGCCUCGUGUCGCUCAUCAUCCACAACCACGGCGAGGACGACGACCCCGCGUGCGGCCCGCUCAUCGACUCCGUCGCCAUCAAGACCCUGUACCCUCCUCAGGCCACGCAGAAUAAUAUGCUGAAGAACGGGGACUUCGAGGAGGGGCCGUACGUCUUCCCGAACGCGAGGUGGGGCGUGCUCCUGCCGCCCAACACCGAGGACGAGCACUCGCCGCUGCCGGGGUGGAUGGUGCUGUCGUACACGAAGGCCGUCAAGUACGUCGACUCCGCGCACUUCGCCGUUCCCCACGGCGCGCGCGCCGUGGAGCUGGUGUCCGGGCUCGAGACGGCGCUGAUGCAGGAGGUGCCCACCGUGCCGGGGAGGUCGUACAGGCUGGAGUUCUCGGUCGGGGACGCCGGCGACAGCUGCGUGGGGUCCUUGCAGGUGCGAGCGUACGCGGGAGAGGGGUGCACGACCGUGCCGUACAACUCCCAGGGCACGGGCGGGCACACGCGCGCGUCGCUCGAGUUCGCGGCCGUCGCGGACGUCACGCGGGUGGUGUUCGUCAGCUCGUCGUACAUCACCAAGUGGGACGGGACGCUGUGCGGGCCCGUCGUCGACGACGUCUCGCUCGUCUGCGUGUCCCAGCAAGCGCCGCCUUCCCGUCGAUUGCUUCGUCUCUGA